AUGGCGGCGGGAGAUGUCACCCGGCGCGCCUCGAUCACAGCGCCAUCUAUGCAUCGGCGACCGUCAGCGCGUAGAGGUUCGCUUAUUAAGAACCCACAAUCACCAUCACAGGAAGUGCCUUGGGAUAUAAUAGAUAGAUGCGCUCUGCCGAUCGUUUUAUGCCACGCCCUGGCUGUGGUCCUCUCUGCGCUCCUAAACGCUUUACACAUCAGCCAAAUCUCCGUCUUCACACUUUUCCUCUGGUUUUCCAUAUCGGUGACUGGAUCUCUCUGGUUCUACCAUAACUUGCAGGUCACAGCAGCCGGAAAAGCAGUGCUGGUUACUGGAUGUGACAAUGUCCUAGGCAAUGCUCUAGCAAGAAGGUUGGAUGACUUGGGAUACCAUGUUUUUGCUGGUUUCCAGAAUAAGGCUGGAAACAUCGAUGCAGAUAUGCUGAAAGAAGACUGCUCAGGCAGAUUACAUACACUUCAGCUGGACGAAACUUCUGAAACACAAAUUCUGUCAGCAUCGUUAUACAUCGUUGACCAUUUACCAGAGGGCGCGCAAGGCUUAUGGGCUAUUGUGAAUUGUGAAUCUUGGUGCGCGUUGGGUGAACUAGAGUGGGUGCCAUUUUCAGUCAUCCGCCGCGCUAUGGAAGUCAACCUUUUAGGUCCAGCCCGCCUCGUGCAAGUAAUGCUACCGCUAGUACGCAGAGCUCGCGGGAGAGUGGUUCUAGCAUCCUCCAUUUUGACCCAUGUAGCUGCGCCCGUGAGAGGUGUGCACGCAGCCUCAAUGGCUGCUCUUGACGCACUCGCUGCCUGCUUGAGACGGGAAUUGAAACCACGCGGUGUUGAUGUCGUGGUGGUAGCAGCUGGUGAAUACACGACGGGCAGUGCCUGGCUCUCUGAAGAGAAGUUGCUGGAACAAGCUCGUGACAUGUGGAAACGUCUGAGUGACGAGCAAAAAGGAGCAUAUGGGGAAGAUUACUUUGAACAGGCACUUAGAAGUCUUGAGAAAUACACAAAGAAUGCAGAUGUGGAUCUGACAGCUGUCACUCGAGCGCUAAGUGAUGGCGUUACACGUACUUUCCCGCUUGCCCGCUACACUCCAGUAUCACCCAGGGAGAAACUCAAGUCCAUUCUAGCUGAACAUAUGCCUCGAUGCCUUUACGAAGGAUUAUACACCGACUAA